CGGGCGGCGGAGCGCGCCCGGCGGCGGGAGAGGCGCUGGCCAUGGGACGGGACGGGGCGCUGCCCCGGCGGGGACCUGUGUCACCAGUGUGAGAGAGGAAUCUCCCAAGUACACUGUGGAUUUUUUUUUCUCUGCACAUGCUACUGGAUUAUCUACCUUUUACUGACCCACCCAAAAAGAGAGAAAAAGGGUCAAACAGAAAUUGUUGACUUGUCACUUCUGCCUUAAAACUGACUGGAUUUUAUGGCCUCUGCUGGAGAAGCUACCUGGACCAUUGGAAAUGGAGCAGCUCGUGCUGCACCUCUGCUGAGCAUGGAAUAUGAGCAUUGAGGUGCCUUAAGUUAAACCAUAUGCAAGUUGCGCUAGUUGUUGUAACUGUACUGCUGAAACCACUCCAGACUUCUCCAGGGCUUUCCAAGGCAGUAGCUCUUCACACAGUUUGGAUGUUUCCAAUUGACAUUUGAAUGUUUUCAUCCAAUCUGGUGUGGCUGUGAAAAGUGAGCUUUUCCUUGUGAAGUUCAUGGUGAGUUUUGCAGCCUCACUUCCAGCGUGGUCUGUGCUAUGGCAGCGACCUACAGGCUGAUGGUGACUUCAGUGAACUGCUACAGCAGUGUGCUGGUAGAGCAGCCCUCCCAGCACACUGUGCACUACUGCACAGGCUCCUGCCAGCUCCUCAGACAGGGACUCACCUGCAUAGUUGCUCACCACAGUGUCUGUGCAGAGCUCAGUGUCCAAGAUGCCAACCUGGACCAUAAAACUCCUGUUCCUGAAAAUGGUCUUGCCUUGGCUGGAAAUGAGGACUAUCACCAAAUCCUCCCAAAUAAUCCAAGAAUCAAGAAGGGCUUUUCAAUGCAAGCCUCCAGCAGUUUAAAAGAUAUUACUGGUGAGGCAAUAAACCUUGCCAGUGGUAAAAUAAAGGAAUUCUCCUUUGAAAAGCUCAAAAACUCUUCCAGUCAUGUGGCCUACAGAAAGGGAAGGAAAGUUCGGUCAGAGUCUUUCAGCAGACGAUCCUUUGAUUUUGACUUGAUUUACGGGCACUUUAACAAUGAUGAGAACUGCCCUCCAUGUGGCUUUUUGCAAAGUCCCUCACCUGUGGAGAAAUGGCAGGAGAGCAGUGAUGCUCGAGAAGUCACCACGAAUCCUGUGGUUCCCUUCUGCCCUCAUUCCUUCCCUGAAGAAAACCUCAUUACCCAGAUUCUAGAAAAACACAAGCUAGAUGGUUCUUCUGGUGGGGAUAUUAAGGUGUGCCUGGACAUCCUGCUCAAGUGCUCAGAGGAUCUGAAGAAGUGCACAGACAUAAUCAAACACUGCAUCAAGAAGAAGUCUGCAGACAUCGGUGGAGGGAACAGCAAUGAUCCCCUGGCUAAUUCAGAGAUGAUGUACAUGAAUCUGAUGACAAGAUUUUCUUCCUACCUGAAAAAGCUGCCCUUUGAGCUGAAGACAGCGGGGCAGAGGGAAGCGAGUGACUGGGCAGAGCUGAUGAACUGUUUCCAUGGCUUGCAGCAAACUCCCUUUCCCCUGGUAUUUGGUGAUGAGCAGCCACCCAGGUAUGAAGAUAUCAUUCAGCUGCCAUCCUCAAGUGCAGUUCCUCUCAGUCAGGGUGACGUGACAAGCACCUCCCAGUCCAUCCAGACAGGUACUGUGAGCUUCACCUCCAGCUCCCUGCCCGCUGUCCCUCCAGAGAGCAGCGUGAGAGCGGUGAAAGAUGCUCUACCUCAGUCACCAGCCCCGAGCCCCUGCGACUGCACGUCUGCCACUGAGGCGCUGUACAUCGAGGAGGAGGCUGAUGGGGACAGAACAGCAGGGACAGAGAAGAAGGCAGAGCAGAAGGGGGGCUGGCAGAGCCUGGAGCGCAGCUACCAGCGAGCUGCUGGUUCAGACCUUGCUGCUGAUGCUAAAACAGAGCGGGCCAGGGCAGGAGAUGCUCCUGAGCAAACUGCUCCUUUAAAAUCAGUGUCAGACCCUGUGUUGUGUGGUGCCCAAGCUGCUGUCCCCAAAGGAGCUCAGACAUGCAGUAGGGUGGACAAGGAGGAGAUAGACAAACUGCUGCUGGACUUGGAGAGCUUCUCACAGAAAAUGCAGAGUACUCUGAGGGAACCCUCUCGGAAGGAGGGCGAACCCGCCUCACUGCACGUGUCUGGCAGGCAGGGUAGGCAGGCUCCACCUCUGGCUCUUGAACCCAAAAGUAAACCUGCUGACCCCCCGUCUUCUUUGUCAAAAAACAUGGAAACCAACGGUCAUAAAAUGGAAGAGGAUGACAAAGCCCUUUUACUGCGUAUCCUGGGAAGCAUUGAGGACUUUGCCCAGGAGCUGGUGGAAUUCCAGACAGGCAAGGGAAGUUUGUCCAAGGAGAGGGAAGUGAUGCAAAUUCUCCAGGAAACUUUAGCAACUCCUUCACAGUCCCUGCUUGCAGGGCAAAAAAGCCAUGCUGGGGCUGCCUCCAGAGACUCUGUUCCAACUUCAAUUCAGCAGGCCCCAGAAAUAAUAAAGGUUCAAAGCAAACAAGAAAAGAAGGCAGGAACUUCAUCCCCAGCCCCCCUGCAGCCUGUGGUUAGCACUUGCACUCCUCUGCCUGUGAAUAAAGCCACCAUCAGUACCCCUGUGCCCAUAAACAUUCCACGUUUCUACUUCCCUAAAGGACUCCCAAAUGUCUGCACUAACCAUGAAGAAAUCAUUGCCAGGAUUGAAGAGGCCUUUACAGAGUUUGAAGAUGGGAAAGCAAACAUCUGUGAAAUGGGGAAAAUUGCCAAGAUCUGUGGCUGCCCACUCUACUGGAAAGCACCUCUGUUCAGUGCAUCUGGGGGAGAGAGGACAGGACGUGUCUCUGUGCACUCCUUUGUGUCCAUGUGGAGAAAAAUCCUGCGGAGCUGCCACGACGAUGCCUCCAGGUUCACUUCCCUUCUGGCAAAGCCUGGCUGUGACUGCCUACAACAGGAGGACUUCAUCCCGCUGCUGCAGGAUGUGGUAGAAUCUCAUCCUGGCCUCACGUUCCUGAAGGAUGCUCCGGAGUUCCAUUCCCGGUAUAUUACAACGGUUAUCCAGAGGAUAUUCUACACAGUCAAUCGAUCCUGGUCGGGGAAGAUCACUCUAACAGAGCUGAGGAAAAGCAACUUCCUGCAAACUCUUGCUCUCUUGGAAGAAGAGGAUGACAUAAAUCAGAUCACAGAUUACUUCUCCUACGAGCACUUUUAUGUCAUAUACUGCAAAUUCUGGGAGCUGGAUACUGACCAUGACCUUUACAUCAGCCAGAAGGACCUGGCUAGGUACAGUGAUCAAGCUUUGUCAAACAGGAUCAUUGAGCGGAUAUUCAGCGGUGCUGUGGUGAGAGGCACUGAAGUUCAAAAGGAAGGGCGCAUGAGUUACGCGGAUUUUGUGUGGCUCUUGAUUUCAGAGGAAGACAAAAGGAGUGCUACAAGCAUCGAGUACUGGUUCCGCUGCAUGGACCUGGAUGGGGACGGGGUGCUGUCCAUGUACGAGCUGGAAUACUUCUAUGAGGAGCAGUGUGAGCGCAUGGAGGUGAUGGGCAUAGAGCCACUGCCCUUCCAGGACCUGUUGUGUCAGAUGCUGGACCUCGUUAAGCCAGAGAGGGAAGGAAGAGUAACCUUGCGAGACCUGAAGAGGUGCAGAAUGGCUCAUGUGUUCUUCAACACCUUCUUCAAUUUAGAGAAAUAUCUGGACAAUGAACAGAGGGAUCCCUUUGCAGUCCAAAAGGACAUGGACAGCGACAGCCCCGAGCCCUCAGACUGGGACAGGUAUGCGGCUGAGGAGUACGAGAUCCUGGUGGCCGAGGAGUCUGGCAAUGAGCAGCUCCAGGAGGGAUCAUGUGAAGAUGACUAUGACACAGAUGAAGUCUUACCUCCCCCUGAAACUGGAGACAAGUCAGACAAGCUAAUUAUCUCAGAUCUCUGAGCAUAGAGAAGUGGAAGACACCCCAUGUCUUUCAAACUGGAUAGCAUUCAGUCCCAAGGCACUUGGGGGUUUUCCUUAAAUCUGUCAUUGGAACAAUGUGCUUUAUUUUGUACACUGAAACUUGAGACCCCUUUUUGUCUUCCUGUGUAAUUGCAAUAAGGUAAUUUCUAUGAAAAGGCUUUUUACAAUGUGUUAUUGUGCACACUCACUGAAAAUGGUGAUUGCACCUUGUUUCAUUUAUAUAUAAAUUCUGUUAUGUCCCCAGAUGUGCAAUAAAUGCCAGCAUCUAAUGAUUGUAACAGCUGCAUGCAACAUCUGUAGUGGUCAUUUCUCAGUUCUGUGCUGUGCCACUCUGUCCCCUUGGCUUUACACCAGGAGUGACAAAAGAGCUGCCAAAUUAACUUCAAUGUGUGUCUAGAAAUCUUUUAAAACACAGGUCACAGUGAAGUUCUUUUUUUCCUUCCUGUCCUGGAAACAAAGGGAACGUGCCUGUGCAUGGGGAGAUGAAAUCCCUUUGCCCCCAGCUCUUCCACUGGCUGCUGGACUGUUUCACUGCUGUGGAUCUGUGAGCAGUUUCAGCACUACACCACAUCAUGUUCUCUAGGAAUUUGAGACAGAGUUACCUGUUCUAGCCCUGUGUCCCCUCCUGUGCUCAUCUGCCUCUGGCCAGAGCUUUGUCUGUGUAGAUUUCUACUUUGUACAAGUGUUUUGCAGAGUAUUUACAGCAAAUACAGAUCUCUGCUGUUGAGCCACUGUGUUGAGACUGCUGUGCCUGGUGUGCACCAGUUCCGUCCAUGCCUGUGUUCUCCUCUCCUGUAGCCUUCUUCAACCUCUUUAACCAAGAGACUAAGCUGAGAUAAUGAAGAAAAAAAGCAACCCCCUCUUUUAACCAGUAAAGGAAUUAGUCUGUAUUAUUGCCAAAAUUAAUUUUUCUCCCAGGCUCAGGGAAGAAAUGCUGUAACUAAUGAAUUCUUGCUUUAAGUGCAAAAUUAAAUGGACUUUCCCCCUAGAAUCACGAGUGAUAUCUCUGCUCUCAGCACACACUGCUGCUGCAGCUGUCCCUUCUGGCCAGCAGGGACUGUGGUUCAGCACAGGGGUGAUUAGAACAAAUUCUUAAUUUUAGCCCUCAUAUAUGUACAAGCAGGUCUGGGCCUUACCUUCUCAGCUGGGACAGGUCUGAGCCCUCCCAGCUGUGCCCAGUCUGUGAUGCUGGGUUGCUGUGUGUGCCCUGUAUCUCCUGCUACCUCCCUGUGAGAGCCUCAAGCUGUGCCUCCUGCCAGAAUUCCUGGGAGCUGCCUGCCCCUGCCCUGGAGGCAGAGCACACCCGGGCACUGCAGAACUCGUGUGUCCCCACGGACAGGACGGGACUGGAUCCCUGCAGUGCCUCCAGGGGUCAGUAUCCAAAUGAGGACCGGGCUGAUCACUCCAGUGCAGUCUGGGCUUUUCCAGGAGCCUCUGAAGCCCAAGGCCUGCCUGCCACUGCCCAGGGGGAUGUGCUGCUGCUUCCCUGGGGUCAGAACUCUCCCACAAUCAAACUCGGGAAGAGAGAAAGGUUUCAGGUUGAACUGACCAGAUGCAUACACACCCCCCAGGAUCCUGGACUUGGUAUUUGGGAAACUUCUGGAUGCCCACAUUGGUAGCAAAGGCCCUGCCAGGUGACCUGCAUCCCAUAGUAACAGGUGAAGCAGGGAGCACCCCGACCAAACCAAGACAAGCCCCUGGAAUGCAGCAAGCACACAGCAUGUCUGGAUCCCAUCUCCAUCACUGCCAUAACCUUGAAGGGAAAACCUUCCCUGGGGGUGAUUCCACAAAUGCCCAAAUGCAGAACCACCAAGGAACUGACUGCAGGAAUGGACACAGGAUGGAGGUCCCACAGCUGCUGCUUGUAACCAGCUCCAGCCACGUUUUUCUGAGAAGAACCUGGGCACAGCAAGAGUCCACCCCUCACUCACUGCCAUGGUCCAGAGGAGCCUUUCAGUUUGAUGUCUCUUUGCAUCUCUCCAAAGACUAAGAUUCCUCAAAAGGAAAUGGAACCCUCAUGGUCCUCCAGCAGCAGCAGUACUGCAGUGGCUUGUUUGCCAGUUCUGGAAAGCCUCAGUCACCCACCACUUCAGAGUCCUUCUUAUUUGCCUUUUGCAGAGGGCCUUUAAUUCAACUCAUGCCUGAAUUCAGGCUCCCACCUCACACCCCACCAGCCUAAACUGGUGCCUUUCUUUGCAGAAGUCAGAACCCAGAGUCUGGUAAAACUCACCAGCUGCCUUCCCAAGGUUUGGUUAAAUAAAUGGAGACAGGAAGCUGAUAGCUGCUCUGCUGAGCCCAAACCCACCCCCUCUCUCCUUCAAACAGACAUCCAGUACUGCUACAACAAAAUAGAAUGAAUCCAAACCCAAUCCAUGCUUUCUGGUAGGUCAACACAAGCUAAUUAAAAAAAAAAAAUUACAGCAAAUAUUUUGCAUUCUAUGUGAAUAGAAGGACAAGCUGUAGAAGCCACUGCUACUGUGGUGGCAGUGCAAAAUCUGCAGUAAUAUUCCAGGAAUGGAAAUCCAUUCUCUGUCCCUAAAGUACUUGAAAAUAAGCACAAUUCAGCAGGCACAUGUGCAUUCAUAGAGGAGUUGUUCUACACCCCACUUGUGACUUAGCUGCUCUGGAUGGAAGGUUUGUAACUCUGCAGAAUUUAAGUGAGGUAAAUUUGGGAACUUGUGUCCCAAAUUUGCUUUUUUCUGGGAUAGUCAAGGGUGCAUGUGUCCAGCCAGCAGGGCUGCUCAGCUGCAGUGAAGCAGCCCCAGAAUCCCUGCCCAAAAGAUUUGCAGGAGUCCCUUGGCUCUGGCUCUGCCUCCUGACUCCAUGUCAGUGCCACUUCAGAUGUUGCAUCCUGGGAAGGACACAUCCUGCAUUUUUCAGUGCACAUCCAGCUCACACUGAAGGCUUUUUCCUUACAAGUAGUCAGAAAAGUGAGUAAAAUUCAGUUUUGCAUGAUAAAAAUAUGAUUGUGCUUAUUUGUUUCUAGUCUGCUUUUGUCUAGCAAAUUGAAGCCCUGUGUUCUUACAAGCCCCUUGCUUUUUACUGUUGUAUCACAAAUAUUUUCUCUCUGCAGUACUAAGAUGGGAGGUAUGGCUCAGUACUACUGCUGGAAUGGUACUAGUUGGAUUUUUUCUCAGUAGUACUUGCUGCAUCCCAGUUUUUGGCAGUGAACCCUGGGCACUGCUCCAGCUCCCCUCCUGCCUCUGAGGGGCAAGUGCUGCAGAACAGACAUGGGCAGCAAAGAGGGAUUCCAAAGCUUCCCUGCUCUCCUGAACCAAGGAUUUAACGAAGCUGACUCAAGACACUCUAACCAAGGUACUGGGUUUAGUUUCUAAAACAAAAUAGUCCUGAAAGACCAACGCUAAGUUCACUGAAAUAUCAUUGUAACAGUAUGGAUUUGGCGUCUCUAGAUCAGUAUCUUAGGUCUAUGCAAACAAAAUUGAACCUCAGGGAUGAGCACAAGCUACUGUAAGAAAAACAUAAACAGAGCUUCCCCUUGUGUGCUCAUCUUCUCACUGUAUCACUGGGUGAGGGGGUUAGAAACGGAAUAUUUAAUAAUAAUAAUAAAAGUUCUCAUACUUUGUAAAAGUAGUUUUGGAGACAUUUUGUGGUGGCAUGGUUUGCUCUUUGUAUUUUUACUUUAUAUUCUUUUUUGGCAAAUAAAGGACUUUUGAAUUUAAAAAGGAAAA